AAAUGAAUGCAUUAUGUACAACCCGGGAUUUUUUUUUAUCAUCAUUAUCCUGAAUAGCUAUUAAGUGAGUAUUUUCACAUUUCUGAAUAUAGUGGGUAUGUAUAUAACCUGAUAAAUACUAAUAGCAAUGCAUUUCGAUCAGCAACUAUGACGCGCACAAGAAACAAAACAAUGGCAACGGCACCCAAGAAAUUAGAAAACGAAGAAGAGGUUUUCAAUAGCUUGGAAACGGACUGCCCUUACCGAACACACAGUGUACUUCGAGAAGAUUCUGGAUUUCAUUCCGGUCCCUUCAAAGAUAGUCUACCUGACAGAGGAGAUGAGACAAGUCACCUGAAGAAAAUUAAGGAACUGGGAGAAAAAAUGGAAUGUGUUGAACUAGAGGAAAAGAUGGAGUGUGCUGAUGUUGGUGUCUACUUUAACAGUUUGGAAAUGGCCAAAUCUGAAGAAAACCAACACUCUGUCAAAACUGUUUUGUCUCUUUUAGAACAGGACAAGGAUGGAGACACAUCGCUUCAUUUGGCAAUUAUUCACGAAUCGACCAAAGCCGCAAUGGUCAUGAUUUUCCUUGUGUCUAAUCUAGACUCUGAAUUGUUAGAUAUCCCCAAUAUGCUGUUACAGACUCCCUUACAUCUAGCUGUUCUCUUAAGAUCUGUGGAGCUUGUUGACAUUCUUAUUCACUGUGGCGCCGAUUUUGAAUGUCGCGAUCUCCAUGGAAACACACCUUUACAUGUCGCUUGUUACCAUGGUUAUGACGACAUCGUGAUGUGUUUUUUGAAGUUUGCUAAUGGAUCACAGACUGCACCCAGUUCAAUUCGAGGGAUAAAUGACCGGAACUACGAUGGUCAAACGUGUCUCCACCUAUCAACAGUUAAUACCAGUCUUCCCGUGGUCAAACUAUUGACGAUGUACGGAGCAGACGUUAAUGCACGUGACGGAAAGAGCGGGAAAACCAUACUGCACUAUGCUGCAGAAACUGGAAACACCAUUUUACUGGAUUAUGUUUUACAGUUACGGGGCGUUGACGUCAAUAGUCGAUCAUACGCUGGCCAGACUCCCACAACGCUUGCACGAGGAAGAGGUUAUUGGGAUAUCUUAACAGCGCUGAAGAAGUAUGGCGGGAAAGAAUUUGAAGACUAUGAAGACACUUAAUUGAACACUUUAAAUCAAGACACCACAAAUAAAGAGACAGACAUUUUAGAGAGGCAUUGUAUGAAUGUAGUUUAUAAAGCACCAUCUUCGCAAGCCAAGUGUCCGAUUCGCUAAUCGGACACUUGGCUUGCGAUAAAGCACAUGUAUGUAAUUAUUAUACGAGUAUUUGAAAUACAGCGCAUAUUGAAUGCAAAUUGUAUAACAAAUUGUAAUAUUGAUGUUCUGCUUACAUUCUUGAAGUUUUUCACACAGCAAACCUUUCUACACUUGAUCAAUCCUAUUUUGAAAUAUUACACGGGAAUUUGAGCUUUGUUGAAAUACAUGUAUAUGUGCUACCGUGUAUACCCGGACGUAGAAUGUCUAUACAUUGUCAGUGUACUAAUACGAAGUGUGAAGUAGGAAGUGUAUGUAAAUAAAUGUUUAUUUCAAAAUG